UCCUGAGGGCGUUGGUGCUGGGAGCCACCACCAAGCAUCACCCCUGUGGUGAAGUGCGGGGUUCCAGGCAGCCUGGCUCACCCCUGGGCUUUUUUCCGUCGUCAUCCUCCCCACAGCAAGGAGAGGACGGCCACAGGAGCCACGUCUGUGGUAGUGGUGGCCUUGGUGGCCUGCCUUGCACACUUUUUGUGGCUGUUCUGGGUCCAGCCUUACAACUGAUGUUUGCUGGGCAUUGCGCCAGUCCCCGAGAGUGUCCGUGUCAGGUGGAAGCCACUGCCUUGCUGCCAGCACCUGGAAGGUAAAAGGACCCACCUGGAUGCUCCUCCUCUGCUGGGUGAAGGAGACCUGGAAACCCCAGUGCUGGGGCUGUGGGGAGCACUCAGAGUGGUGCCUGUGGGGGUUUUUCAUCCCCCACUACCCUGAACAUGGCUGGGCAGAGAGGAGGGCUGUCCCUGCCGCUGCCCUGGCUCCUGCUGCUGCUGCUGAGCCUCACCUGCCUCGCCGUGCUGCACCUGGCUCUGGAGACCACUGUCAUGGGUGUGACAGCAACUGUGUCCCCACCUCUCCCUACCUCCUCAACACCUAUGGAGAGCUCAACACUGCUGCCUACCACUGACUCCACCGCCACAGCCACCCUCCUUUCCUCCAGCCCUGAAACAGAAGCCUCCACCCCAGAGGAGUGCAGCACAUCCGAAGAGACUGGCAACACCUCACCUCCCAGUGUGCCUCCUUCCACCACAACUACAGAAGAUUCAGUCGAGUCCUUGACAACCCUGGCAGACACCACAGCCAGCCCUGUUAUCAGCACAUCAGACUCCAUGAGCACCUCCUCUUCAACCGACCCAGACAGGACCACCUCUGACAUAUUCCCCUCAACUAUGGAGUCGACUCCAGGCACUGAGUCCUCUUCCCCUGCCACCAGCUCGGCCGAGACCUCAGAGGCUACUACCUUCAGCAUGCCUACAGACCUGUCAGCGCUGCCCACAGCCUGCCCCUCCAGCUCGUCCAACACCAGUGCCUCUCACCUCUUUCUGUCACUGCGGCUAGCCACCCCUCUGGACCUGGGGAACACCACGGUGCAGGAGCUGGUGUUGUCCAAGCUCCAUGAGGACCUGCAGACAAAGUUCCCGUGUGCUGGCCUGUCACUGGCAUGGCGAGGGAAGAGGAGGACUUGACCACUGCUCCUGCAUGGACUGCCAAGCCACCUGCUCCCAGCUCCUCACUCCAUGGUGGUGCAGGCCUCUAGGGGAUCCCAUACAGCUCCUCUUGAACCUGGGGCUUCCUGUCCUUCACUCUGUACCCCCAGGGGACCCCCAGUCUCCUCCUGCCCCUUCCCACUGCCUGUCUGAAGAGCCCGAGCCCUCCCACCACCCUGCUCCAGACCUGGUUCCUGUGGUGGCAACCCCUCCAGCUCUACUGGGGGGCUGGGAGAAGGGCACCCCACAGGACUGGGCUUUUACAUCUGGGACUGAGCUGGCUCAGCUAUCAAAGCCACCCUGGGGACAGAGGAACGAGAGGAAGACCUGAAGCCCCCAGUGCUGCUGUGCCCAAGGCUCACCUGUGGUAUUGCUGACAGAGGAGAACACCCACGCCGGGCAGUAAAUAGAAAUUCCAUGUUUUCUGUGUUGAA